AUGUCAUCUCGGAGUCCUCUACCAUCUGUCAGUACCAAAACAGAGCCCCGUUCCUCUGGGGGCAUGGGAAACGGCCUAUUUGCCACCUCGGAUAUAAAGGUCGGUGAAGAUGUGUUGCACGCCAAAGUGCCGUUUGUGGCCGUUCUUGAUACGUCGCGCCUGGAAGAUACCUGCUCCGGCUGCUUUGGGAAAAGGCAGAUGGAAAAUAGUGCAGAGCUAAAGGCUUGUACGGGGUGUCGGGUGGUUAAAUACUGCGAUCGGACUUGUCAAUCUAAAGAUUGGAAAUUCGCCCACGCCGGGGAAUGUCCUAUUUACCAGAAGGUGAAGCCUAAUGUCCUGCCCAACAACGCGCGCGCUAUCAUGCGCAUGGUUGUUCGCACUGGUCGCGGGAAAUACAGUUCUCAGGAGCUGGAUACUCUUUCCAAGCUCGAGACGCAUAUGAACGAGAUUCAGGAGCUUCAAGCCAACCUCGACCGCAUUAUCACGACCUCGAAAGCUGUCAAAAAUUACUCCGAGACAGAUAUGACCGAGAAUGUUAUCAUGACUUACGCAGCUCAGCUUGAGCUCAACUCAUUCAAUCUGACAACCGCCCUUUACGACCGAGUCGGGUUAUACAUGCAUCCCUACGCCGCUCUGAUCAACCAUAGCUGCGAGUAUAACUCGACCGUCGGGUUUGACGGAGAGGAGCUAUUCGUCAAAGCUAUUCGUCCAAUCAAGAAAGACGAGGAAAUCUUCAUAUCCUACAUCGACACAACGACCCCGAAACAAGUCCGCCGCAAAGAACUAUCCGAAAGAUAUUUCUUCGACUGCAAAUGUCCGAAAUGCGCCGACACCCAAGAGGAAAAGUUAAACUUCAAGGAAUACUCCUCCACAGAAGAAAAAGCAGAGAAAACCGCCCUCGAAGAAGCCGAGCGAAAAGCACUAGAACUAAUGCAAACCGCCAGUGCAUCAAGCACAACACCGAUCGAAACGAUCAAAAACCUCGAAAUGGCCCUCCACACCCUAAAAGCAGCAUCUUCCUGGCCUUUAACCCGUCAACCAUACGCUUCGCUCCGCGACGACCUGAUCGUGGCCCUCCUCUCAGCCAACAGCUUCAGCAAGACAUUCAUCCACGCUGCAAUUCGAUACCUUCGCGUCGACCCGAUAUUGUACAGCCCCGCACACCCGGUCCGACACGUGCACGCGUGGAUCCUGGCGAAGUUGGCCAUCUUCUUGUCUCAAGGAUACGAGCCUGACCCGGCAGAUCCUAUCCAAUUGCACGACUUCGGAAUCAACUUUCACUAUAUACUGUGGUAUAUCCUUGCUGAUUUGGCUAGUAAGCAGAUGGAGAGUUGUACCGUGCCUGGAUUCAAGAAAUUGGUCGCGGCCAAUUUCCAGCAGGUUCAUACUGAGUUCAAGGCUAAUGGUAUUGAUCCGAGUACGGCGAAGCCUCUUGUUAGUGCCGAGUGGAUGAAGCUUGAGAAGUUGGUUCAGUUUGCUUUGGAUAGGGAAUGA